AAAUAAACAAACCCUCCAUCAGUUGAUCAACGUUGUCUCUAUUCAGCUCAGAGAUGUUUAAUAAUCAACAAGGAAAACGGCCAAGGUUGUCGUUUGAUACGAAACCGCAUCUUUCUCAAUUGGCUGUGGGUAAAAAUGCACGGGCAUCGAUUGCCACCUCGUCUCCUUCUAAAUCUAAGACAUAUGCUCAAAAGACAGCUUCCUCCAACCAAAAGUCUUCGAACUUGGCCUCUGAUCAAGAAUCGAAUAUAUCUGUGUAUGUGAGAUGCAGAUCGUUGAAUGAAAGGGAGCUUGAUGAAAACGCUGGCAAAGUGAUCUCUACAAAUGGGCAUAUGAAGAAAGAGGUGAUUGUCAAAAGUGCAAGGGAAAAGACGUAUACUUUUGAUAGGGUGUUUGGCCCUGAGAGUGACCAAGAGAUGAUAUACGAUGGUGUCGCAAAACCUUUGCUCCAAGAGAUGCUACAGGGCUAUAACUGCACUGUUUUUGCAUACGGUCAGACAGGUACUGGUAAGACGCACACUAUGAGUGGUGAUAUCCAAAUGUCAAACAACAGAAUUGCGGAGAAUGCUGGUAUAAUCCCUAGAACUUUACUCGACUUGUUCAGGUCCCUUGAGAAGAACUCUGAGUUCACGGUAAAAGUUUCCUUUAUCGAACUAUAUAACGAAGAAUUAAGAGAUCUUCUCAUAACAAAGGACUCUGAAGAUCGGAAAGUUAGAAUCUUUGAUGACCCUGAAAAAAAAAGUAUCGUUGUCCAAGGAAUGGAAGAGGUAUUCAUCAAGAAUGUCUCUGAAGGUAUGAAUGUAUUGAUGAGAGGAUCUUAUAACAGACAAGUGGCUGCUACAAAAUGUAACGACUUAUCUUCAAGGUCCCAUAGUGUGUUCGCUAUCACUGUUCAUAUGAAGGAGAUCGAUCCCAUCUCAGGUGAAGAAUAUCUCAAAAUUGGUAAACUAAAUUUGGUGGAUUUGGCAGGUUCUGAGAAUAUCAGCAGAUCUGGUGCGGAAAAUAAACGAGCUCGAGAAGCUGGAAUGAUCAAUCAAAGUCUUUUAACUUUGGGAAGAGUUAUCAAUGCACUUGUCGACCAAUCACCACACAUUCCUUAUAGGGAGUCUAAAUUGACUAGGCUUUUACAGGAUUCUUUGGGAGGACGUACAAAGACAUGUAUCAUUGCUACUAUCUCACCAUCAAAGGCGUCGUUAGAUGAAACUGUUAGCACGUUGGAAUAUGCUAACAGAGCUAAAAGUAUCAAGAAUAAACCCCAACUGAAUCAAACAAUGUCAAAGAAGAUGAUGAUUAAGGAAUACGUUCAAGAAAUUGAGAGACUACGGAAUGAUUUGAACGCAACAAGAGAUAAGAAUGGUGUAUACGUCUCAGAUGAGCAUUGGGAUAAGAUCAUGUCCGAGAGUGAAAAUAGAAAGAAUCAGGUUGAUGAUCAAAAACUCAGAAUUGAUGUGCUAGAGGAAAAGAUCAGGAAGUCAAAAAAGGAUUUCGAAGACCAGAUGGAAUACAUCAAAGAAGUGGAAGACGAAAUUGAGAUUGCCAAAAGAGAGAGGAAAAUUUCAAUGGAGAAACUUGAGGAAUGCUCCACCAAAUUGGUCAGUACUGAACGCGAACUAAAGAUUGAAGCACUCUGGAAUAAGAACCUUGUUGAAACCGAAAAAGAGCUGGCAGAUGCAUAUAACUUGGUGAAUUCCACCCUUCAGGAAACAAUCAGUAUUAGAGAAGAACUUUAUGAUAGAAUUGCCAAAAAGCAUGACCUCGAAGAUGAAAAUGUGAUAUCUUUGGAGACAUCUAAAACUCACAUCAUUUCCCAGACAAAAAUUUUCACUGAAAAUGCAUCUCGUUUAUAUGAUGAUAACAAAAUACUGGGAGCUGCGCUUAAUGAUGGCUUUCAAAGCUUUGUCAAUUCGCAUCAGUCAAAGAUUGAAAAGAAAUGUAACGGUAUAAAGGAAAUUGGUCAUGACAUGGAGUCACUGGCUGGCUCUUCAGUGAACACGCUCACCAACAGCUCAAAAGAGGUAUCUGAUCUUAUCGGUGUUUCAAAGCUUCAGAACCAAGAAAUGCAUGACUCAGUCACAAAUGAAGUAUCCAGUUUAAGGUCUGAUGUCAUGAAUAUGGCUGGAGAUAUAAACAAAAAGAUUGGGGAAAUCGAUGGAAUUCUUGCCUCUGGGAGUGUUACUUUGAAAUCCAAAGUGGAUGAGAAUCUUAAGAGUGUUACAAAAGUAUUGGAAGAAAAGGAUGAGAUUGUUGUCACUGCAACUUUGGCAACAAAUGAAGCCAACCACGAGAUACGCUCAAAACUCGAAGAUGAGAUUGCUGAGCUCAAAAGAUGGAAAGAAUCUGAGAUGGAGAACCGUCAACGGUCACAGAAUGAGUUGAUGUCGCAAAUAUCUUCUCUUAUAAGUGCUCAUGAUAUAAAAGCGCAACAGAGAUUUGAUGAACAGUUGAGCUCGUUCAUUCCUAAAUUUGAUCGUAUUACCGAAAAACAAUCUCAAAUGACAAGUGAUUUGGAGAAAUUUAUCGAAAACAAAUGGAAACCAACUAUUAGGGACUCAAGAGCCCAGGUUGAGGAUAGCUUUUCCUGUUUGAAGGGUGACAUUGAAGGUAAUAUGAAAGUGGACCUAGGUCCAAUUAACAAUGCGGUUGUUGAUAUUGUUCAUAAACAGUGUUUGUCUUUUGAGAAUAUUUCCCAAGAGUUACAAACAAAGACAGCAGCAUUGGAUGAAUGUCUUUCAAAGGUCGGCACUCUUGUUGGUAGCUCUUGUGAUAUAACUCAAGGUGAGCUUCUAAAAUUGAAAUCAAUGAUUGGUGAAUCCUUAGGAAAGAUUCAAGCUGCCUUUAUCAAAUCUGGUAAGGCCAUCGAAUCUUCAAAGGCACAAGUCGUUGAUACUUAUCUUAAUAGGCAAGACGAUUUUGUGAAGUCAUACAGGGACUCAACAUGUGUCGAUGUCAAUAAUCUCAAUGAUUAUGUCAAUAAAGUUGGAUACUCAAGGGACGAUGAGCCAAUUCCAAAGAGGCAAAAGAUCACAGUUCCUACAUUGCAGAGCUUACCAAGGGCAUUGUCACGCCAACAGAUCAUUGCAAAGCAUCAGACUGAGUUGGAUGGACAACCUCAGAAGAAAAUGCCAUUGUCCUCAAUCGACGUCAACUCCAAUGUUCCCGAUACUGAUAGUAAAACUGCUCCACCCACUGAAACAUCACAGCAAAUGGAACUACACUAAGAGUCGUGUGUAUAAGAACUGAAAUAUAUAACAUGUACUAUAAACGAACAGUAUAAAAAGGAGGUUUGAUUUAAUGGGGAAUAAUCCUUACAAUGGGCUCACACAGUUCAGCUCCGGAC